CGAUUGUUUGAGCGAUCGUUGGUUCGAAUCGUUUCGCCAUUUGUUUCACUCUUUGUCUCAAAGGAAAGCAUUUUUCGCGACAAACCGUUCUUUUGGCGCAAAAAACCGCAGAAAAUGUCUUCAGAAUCGGGAGAACCAGUCGUUCAACAGAACAACAACUCGUCGGCCGAAGAGUCGCCGCUGAAGGAGACGAACAACUCGGCGAAGAACGACUCACUGAAGAGAACGGCGAAUGAGUUCAGCGAAGACUCGAAUUCCGUUCUCGAGGCGCAGGAAGAGAACAAUUCGACGAAAAAGCAAAAGACUCGCGAAAACGGAACCGAAGACGAGUCCAACGACGCCGCCGAAGCCGGUCUGUAG